UGGCCGCCCGCUCAAAAAUCAUAAUCCCCCAAUAUUUCAUUUUUAAAGCUCAGAAAACAAAAAAGGUCAAACCAGAAGAAGAAGCAAAUGGCUCAAGAAGCAAGGCUAAAACUAAGAAUGCAAAAGGAGCUGAAGCUCCUUCUUGUCGAUCCUCCUCAUGGCGCUUCCUUUCCUACCCUCUCUUCACAAUCUGAUAUUACUGAUCUCUCUUCCAUCCACGCCCAAAUAGAAGGUCCUGAAGAAACUGUUUACAGCAAAGGAAUCUUCAAGAUUAAGAUUCAGAUACCUGAAAGGUAUCCGCUUCAGCCUCCGAUUGUGACUUUUGCGACGCCAAUUUAUCACCCGAACAUCGAUAAUGGAGGUCGAAUUUGCCUUGACAUUCUCAAUCUUCCUCCCAAGGGGGCAUGGCAACCAUCAUUGAACAUUUCAACAGUGCUUACAAGUAUAAGGCUAUUGCUCAGCGAACCAAAUCCUGAUGAUGGCCUAAUGUGUGAAGCAAGUAGGGAAUACAAAUAUAAUAGACAAGCUUUUGACCAAAAAGCACGAUCAAUGACUGAAAAAUAUGCCAAGGCUGGAGCUGGAGAAAGCAGUUGUAGCUAUCAAUGCACGGAAACUAAAGUUGAUUCAACGAUGGUGGAAGUUCAAGGAUUGGACCUAGCAUCAAACCAUGGUGCUCUGGAGCUUAGUCCUAGCAAUAAAAGAACACAUGGCAUUAGCCAAAAGUUAUCACUGGAAUCUACAAUCUUAAACAAGAAAAAAGAUGCUGACCGGAAGGUGCCUAAUCACAACUUAUUUCUCUCGGCAUCGGGAACUCAAAUGGAAUGUAAGCGAAAAAGAGAGAAGGAAAAUGAUGUGUUGAGCGGAUACAACCUUAACCAUGAAAAAGUUAAUGGAAAGGGGCGGAAAUCAUCUUCGAUAGUGUCUGGUCAGUGCAAGGACGAUUUUGAUAACAAGGAGAAUGUGGACCCAAAUUACCUAUCAUCACUCUACCAACAUCAAGCUUCCUCUGAAUCCUCAUUUUCUCAGGCUAGCCACAAUCAACAACUUGACCUGCAUGAAGAUGGUAAUUCAGCAAACAGCAGCACAAAGAGCAGUUCAAAGCUAUGCCAAAGCCAGAAAGAUCCAUUUGGGUCUAUGGAACCAAUGCAAACAUUUGAAAAAGUGAAAAUUCUUGGGACAGUUGAAGAGAGUCAUGUUGACAGAGCCGAAAACAUCUCUGCCAAUAAAAAAACUGAGAAGCUUAGUUCAGUAGGUAAAAAGCUUUCACUGGGACUCAAAGGCUCAUCACAUAGACAACAGGUGAACAACAAAGAGAAUGUGAUGCCGGUUCAAAACUUGCCAUAUUCAAAGCCCCAAACUCUUGAAAAAAAGGGGCUUGGUCGUAAGCUAUCUUUAAUUCCUUCAACACAACAACUGCAACAGGGAUGCAGGGGUGACCAGAAGCCGCAGUCUCAUCAAGUUGUUCAAAGCAUGCAAGCUGAUGUGGAGGUAAAGGAGAAAGGAGCAGAAGAAAUGGAACAAGAAUCUUCAAUAUCUGAAAAGGUAGUAGUGCUAGAUAGUGAAGACAGCGAGGGGGAAAAUCAGACUGCCCCAUUGAGGUGGAGAGUGCCACUAGCAGCUAGGAAGCGCCUUGGGAGGUGGAGAGUUUAAGGCUUGAAUCAAAUAGUUAUAGCUUUCUCUAGUACUAUUUGGGUUCUUUGGUGUAUUUGCAUGGAUGCUUUAUUGAAUGAAACUUUUAAAAGUGUUAAAAGACUCUUUGGUAUAUAACAUGGUCCAUGGUUCUAUGGACAAUAGAAUCUUAAAGUA